UUAUAUAUUUGCAUAUUGUCGGGAUAAGUACCUUGAGUACGGAGUACUUGUCGGUAGCUUGCACACCAUGAAAACCCAAAACAUAUUCUUUGCUUCAGCCUCAUGCUCGAGAUGUUUAUAAAACUUCCAUGCUCUGCCUCCUCAAACUCGCGCGCCUUCCUCGAUCGCAUUAGCAGCAGGCUCAGCUGUUAGCAGUUGCUUCCACGACACAAUAAUAAAUAGUACAUCAUCGGAGGGGAGAACAAGAGAGGAGCUAGUAAUGGCGGACCUCGUGCUUGGGUUGGCCAAGUCGGCGGUGGAGGGGACGCUGACGAUGGCCAAGUCAGCAAUUGAGGAGGAGAAGAAGCUGAAGAAGAACGUGCAGCGUGACCUGGUGCUUAUCUCGGACGAGUUCGAGAUGAUGCACUCCUUCCUCAGCGUGACCAAGGAGCGCGUCACGGGCGGCAUGACGACGACCUUGGUGAGGCAGGUCCGCAACACGGCCUUGGACCUGGAGGACUGCAUUGAGUCCGUCAUACACCUGGACAACAACUCCAACUGGUGGCGCCGCUUGCUCCCAUCUUGCAUGGCGGCGAGCGCACCGGCAGCGUCCCUCGAGGAGGUGGUCGCUGAUUUAGAAUUCCUCAAUGCUAGGGUGGAAGCCAUGGGCCAGAGGAACAUGCGCUACAGCCACAUUAGUGACACUGCUACCUCCAUGGCCGCCGAGCAGACACAGCGUCAGCAGCCUGCAUCCCUUACAAAACCAUUGGACAUCCUCGUUGAGGCGAGGAAUCCAGGCAACAAGAAGGGCAGCCAAAGGGAUCUCGCCGAGCUGAUAAAUAAUGGAAAUGAUGCUCUGCUUCAGCUUCAGGUGAUCGCGGUGUGGGGAACAAAAGGAGAUCUCGGGACAACAUCCAUCGCCAAGAAGGCCUACGACGACCCAGAACUAUGCAAAAAUUUCGUAUGCCGUGCUUGGGUCAGGCUGACACAUCCCUUCAAUCCUCAUGAGUUCGUCCGGAGCUUGCUGGCUCAAUUCUGCUCAAACUCUUGUCCUCGACAAGGAAGCAGCAGGAUAGCUUCCCUGAAACUGACGGAAGUGAUGGUGGCACCACAAGACUUACUCAUUGAUGAGUUCAUGAAUCAAGUGAGCAGCCAUAGGUACCUAAUUGUCCUGGAAGACGUGUGUAUGAUGGUUGACUGGGAGGCCGUUAGGGUAUUCCUACCUGAUAACGGCCAUGGCAGCUGCAUCAUCGUACACACCCAGCAGCUCGAAAUCGCAAGCUUAUGCGUUGGACAAUCACACCAAGUAUUAGAGCUGGAGCAGUUCUCAGCCGACCAUUCUAUCUGUGUCUUCUUUAAUGAGAACAUUAUUGAAGAUGAUGAUGAGGUGGCCAAGAAAGAAUCAGCGCGGGAGUGGUUACAGGAAUUUCAAUAUUGCGGUCGCCAAACAAAUUUAUGGUUACUUAGAUCAUUGGUAGCUUGUGGCAUGAGAGGUGCUCCGGUGCUCCCAGUGUGUGGGAUUGCCGGUGUUGGCAAAAGAUCCCUCGUCCGACAGGUGUAUUACGAGGCACUGACUGGACAAAGUGGAUCGCCUUUCCAAAAGUUUGGCUGGGUGGAUGUAUCCCAUCCUUUCGAUUUAAAGGAUUUAUCGUGGAGCUUACUUUUGGAUUUGCACUCGGGAUCUUUCCGACGUGCCAGCAUGUUGAGAAUCAAAGACCCGGUUCAAGAGUGUCAAAGGCUUCUACGACGAUAUAGAUGCCUCAUUGUUAUUAACGGUCUGCUCUCCAAGGAAGAAUGGGACUCGAUAAAAGCUGCAUUGGCUGGACACAGACAAAAUCGUAUCGUUGUCAUUGCACAUGAGGAAAGUGUUGCCAGGUAUUGCUCAGAAGACGAUUGGUUGAAUGUCGAAGGCCUAGAAAUUGACGAAGCCCUUGAUCUCUUUAAAAUCACAGUGUCUAAAAAGAUCGGUCCCUGUGCCCUUAGUCUCGCCGUGAUUCAGCAAGCAAAACUUCUCCUGCUUAAGUGUGGUGGACUUCCCAAAGUGAUAAUUGCGGUAGCUAACUUCGUGGCCUCCCGAAGACUAUAUGACAUUGGCAGUGAAAACUGGAGUGUCCUAAGUUAUGGGUUUAUGGAAGUGUUGGAGGCCAACCCAGCGUUUGGAAUUUUACAGGAUGUGUUUGCCUGGGUGCAUUCCUACUUCCAUUCCUGUCCGGAUUUCCUCAAGCCAUGCAUCUUCUACCUUUCAAUCUUCCCUCUGAACCGCGUUAUCCGGCGGAAGCGUUUGGUGAGGCGGUGGACAGCUGAGGGCUACUCAAGGGACACCGCAGGAAGUAAUGCCGAGGAGAACGCAGAGGAGAGCUAUUUCCAACUCUUCAUGCUGUCUAUGAUUCAGGUGCCAGGACAGAGAAGUCUGACCAGUUACAUGAGGAUGCCCUUGUGCCAAGUCAACGGUUUCCUUCGCGAGUACAUGAUCUCGCGGUCCAUGGAAGAUAACCUUGUCUUUGCACUGGAGGGUCAUUGCAUCAUGAACUCACAACGCACGGGGCGGCACCUCACCAUAGGGAGCACCUGGGACAGAGACAAGAUUGUGUUCCAGAGCAUCGACUUCAAACGGCUGCGGUCAAUGACUGUUUUUGGUGAAUGGAAAUCGUUCUUCAUCUCUGACAAGAUGAAGCUGCUUCGGGUGCUGGAUCUGGAGGACUCAUCGGGUGUAACCGAUAAAGACCUCUAUCAAAUGGUGAGGUUGCUGCCUCGCCUCAAGUUCCUCUCCCUAAGAGGAUGCAAAGCUGUCACUUGUCUGCCAAAAUCUUUGGGUGGCAUGCGGCACCUCCAGACGCUUGAUAUCAGGCACACCUCUGUCGUCAGGCUUCCACUAGGCGUCACCAAGCUACAGAAGCUGCAGUACGUUCGUGCUGGUACAAAUGUGCCACUGGAUGAUGAUGGCAUCAGCACAGUUGAAUGCUUACCACAGCAACCACAAGCAGCAACUACAACGACCCCGUCAUCUUCAGCACCGGUCUCCCGGUUCCAGUUCUCAUCGUUGUGGGCGCGCCGACGCCAGCAGCCUGUGGGCUUUCCCACUGUUGGCAUUGAGGUGCCUGUAUGGAUCGGAAAACUGAUGGCAUUGCACACUAUGGGCGUCAUCGAUGUCAGCGUUGCAAGCGGCCGGGCUAUUCUGGAAGAACUCAAGGACCUGACCCAAUUGCACAAGCUUGGAGUGUCUGGUGUCAACCAGGAAAGCUGCCGGGAGUUGUGCUCUGCCAUCUCCGGUCAUGCCCAUCUCGAAUCAUUGUCAAUGUGGUUUGACAAGCAUCAAGGCUGUCUGGAUUGCAUCCCCCAACCUCCAGAGAAACUUCAGAGCCUCAAGCUGUACGGACACGUAGAGAACAAGUUGCCAGCGUGGAUCAAGCUGCUACCGAACCUCACUAAAUUGAGUUUGCAGAUGACCAUGAUAACACAAGAAUUGAUAGAUGUCCUUGGGGAUCUAAAAAACCUAGAAACUUUAUGUCUUCGUUUCAAGGAACUCCUGGAUGGCGACCUCCAGUUCGGGGAUGGUUUCGAAGAACUCCAGAUCCUCGAGAUUGCUUACAACUCAAGGUUACAGGAUGUAACUAUUCACUUCGGAGCAGACGACAAGGAUAACGGAGAGGUAGGAGAAAACGGAGGGGGACGAGAAGUGGACAAGGAGGACGAGGAGGAGGAAGAUGAAAAUGGAUUGGGGGGAGAAGAGGAGGAAGAAGUAGAAGAGGAGAGAAGUGUGAUGAAGAGUCUUGAAUUGCUGAAGCUUCGCUGUUGUAGUGCGUCAUCAAUGCAGUUUUCUGGGCUAAAUGCACUAACCGCUCUGAAGGAAGUUUGGCUUAGCAGAUCCUAUGGCAACGCACUCAAGGAACACUUGCAGGGCAAACUUCCGAGAAAAAUCAAUCUUGUCUUGAAGGAGGAGCCAUGAUCCAUAAGUGGACAUUUGUUAUCCAUAAUAAGUAGGAAAAUGGAAGACUUUUGAACUACUGUCAUUGGCAAUAAUAAUUUGGGCUGUACAAGUGGACAUUUAUGUACUCUGGGAGUCUAGAGUCUAGACUAUUUACUAUCAUUUAAUUCACUGAUUAAUUUGGACUGUCUAUGUGGACACAUAAA